AUGAACUUGUGUAGCGUAUGUAAAGAGUCCUUUGCCUGGACGGCUGCCAAGAGCAACCCCUCCAUCACAAGCUCCAAGACCCAUCAUCUUACUCAUCGAGACUGGACGCAGGCGGUUGAAGGAGGCUGCAAUGUCUGUACAUUGCUGCAAGAUGCGCUUAAAUCUGGAGUCGCUGCUCACCUUGAGAAGCUUCCUCCUGGACUUCUCAAGAACACAGCCUGGCCUAUAGAAGAGUCUCUCGAUGCUUUCCUCAUAUGGACAAAGCUCGCUAUUUCUCAUGAAUACCCAAGUGUUAGAGUCUGCUUAGAAUUCAACGCGUCAACAAAAGAUCUGGAAGGCCCGCCCCGAGAAGCAACCGAUGUGAUUCUCACGCAGCUGGAUCUCUACCAUGGCUCUGUCGCGAGCCCUGCGUCGUCGUUGCAAGAGAGUCCAUCGAGUGACUCGCGUGCUGCUUGGGGUCUGAUGAGGCAUUGGAUUAGUCAAUGUAAGCAAAAGCACCUUGAUCGCGGUCUCAGGACUGGUGACGCAGGGCUAUGGUUCCCAACUCGACUCCUCGAUUUGGGACACCUAGAAUCAAUAAACACGCCGCGGCUCAUUGAGACAGCGACCAACCUACCGAAAGGCCCUUACCUAACUCUCAGCCACUGCUGGGGGAAGAAGCAACUGAUCUGUGCCACGAAGCAGAAUCUGCAAAGUCUGUACAGUGGCGUCUACAAUCUACCGCAAACAUUCCAAGAUGCCAUCGCCGCAACGAGGGACUUGGGCUAUCGUUAUCUCUGGAUAGAUAGCCUCUGCAUCGUUCAAAAUGACCACGAAGAUUGGGCCCGAGAAGCAGCUCUGAUGCACAGAGUAUAUACCGAGGCAGAUUGCAACCUUGCCGCAGCAGCUUCACGAGACAGCAGUGGAGGUCUGUUCUUCAAACGCCAAGAAUUAUAUGGCCAAUAUGUCGUGAGGAGCGUGCGAGGGGACGUCAUUGACCUCUUUGCCGACGAACAUAUAUUCCUUAAGGAAGUCGAGCGUUCCCCUUUACAGACGCGCGUAUGGGUAUACCAAGAGUGGAUGAUGUCAAAAAGAACAAUCCACUUCGCCAAAAGUCAGGUCUUCUGGGAAUGCGAUCACCAUUGCGCUUGCAAGGUAUUUCCUGACGGACUUCCUGAUUGCAUCAGACCCCAUGGAAAGGCAAAGUUUGCAGAGGACCUUGGUAUUGCAAGAUGCCUUUUGAGCCGAGAUAUGAAUGCGCGCGUUGGUCCAGACCCGUUUCAGCUUUGGUCGGGUCUCGUUAGCCACUACACUUCACGCGAUAUGACGAAAUCGGAUGAUCGGUUGCCCGCCCUGUCCGGUAUCGCGAAAUAG